AUGAUCCCAUCAUCGAUGUUGGUCAAGAAUAUUGUCUACGAGAAAGAGAUGCGUCUGAAGGAGAUGAUGCGAAUUAUGGGUUUGGGUGAUGCGGUGCAUUGGCUUGCCUGGGCCGCGCAAUCGUUCACGCUGAAUCUGGUAUCGAUCAUCGUCAUUUCAGUGCUUUUGAAGUACGGACAGAUAAUGCCCGAUACAGAUCUGACCUUAUUGAUGGUGUUUUUCACGCUGUUCGCAAUUGCCUCAAUCACGCAAUGUGUUUUCUUCUCGACACUUUUCUCACGCGCCAACAUUGCGACUGCAUCCUCAGCCAUUCUAUUCUACGUAUUGUUUUUUCCGUAUCAAAUUUCCGCUCGAACCGGCUCAUAUACAUUCACACUGAUAACGGUGAGUGGUUUUACGUUUUUGCUGUGA